UCGUGAGGUCGUGGGGGAGCCCGAAGAACAUUGUGCGUGGAUUUUGUGUAUAUCCGACAGAGCAAGGACUGAAAAUGUGCUUGUGAACGCUGCUAGGGUAUAGCGGUGGGUUUGAUGCCCACUGUGGCACUCUCCGACGAAUGUGGUGGCUGUAACCAGCUAUGAGCAUCCACGGCUGUUGAGAACUCGCUCACGAUGAGUAAGCUCUCGUUCCGGGCAAGGGCGCUUGACGCCUCGAAGCCGAUGCCCAUAUACCUCUCCGAGGAACUCCCCGACCUCCCUGAGUACCUGUCCAUCAACCGGGCGGUACCUCAGAUGCCGUCUGGCAUGGAGAAGGAGGAGGAAUCGGAACGACAUCUCCAAGAGGCAAUCAGCGCCGGAAAAGUCAUUCCAACACCGGAGGUCUAUCCACUAGAACAGCUGGGCGAUGGUGAUCGGCUUGACAGACUCUACCCUGGAAAUAAUAAAGUACCAAAACAGUAUAUCCAUUACCAAUCUUAUGCAUUCGAUAAUGAUGUACCCGAGUACGAUCUGGAUUCUGAGGAUGAGAAAUGGAUAAAUGCACAAGUGAAGAAAAUGGACGUCCCAUUGACAUACGAUCAGUUUGAAGAAAUGAUGGACCGGCUGGAGAAAGGCUCCGGCCAGCAGGUGAUCACCCUGAAGGAGGCCAAGCUGCUUCUAAAGGAAGAUGACGAUCUCAUUGUGGCCGUCUAUGACUAUUGGCUCAACAAGAGGCUGAGACUGCAAUACCCGCUGAUCCCGGCCGUGAAGACGGAGAAGACCGCCGGCCUGGCGCAUACCAACAACCCCUACAUUGCGUUCCGGCGCCGACUGGAGAAGAUGCAGACCAGGAAGAACCGGAAGAACGACGAGGCGUCGUACGAGAAGAUGCUGAAGCUACGACGAGACCUAAGUCGAGCCGUCACCAUCUUGGAGAUGGUGAAACGCAGAGAGAAGAUGAAGAAGGAGCACCUGCACCUCACAGUUGAAAUAUUCGAGAAAAGGUACUCGAUCGGCGACUACAGCGGCCAGGUGCUGACGGACGUCAGCUCCGGCGGCCACAAGGCGGCCGCCCCAGUCAGCGCCAGCGCCAGCACCAGCAGCGCGCCGCCCGUCACCUCCCGGCCGGCCUACUCACCGCUCUACCUCAACCAGCACCAAUGGGCCACAAAGGUCAAAAUCAGAACGACGCAGGAUGACCACUCGCAGAAGGAGAAACGUUCCUACAAGAAGCGGAAACACAGCCGGCCGCAUAUAAUUCCGGCUGCGAGACCAUCCACCAGCGCCGGCUACCCGCACGGCGGCGACGUGGUCAUCGACACGGUGACCAGCGACGAGGACGAGCACUCGCCGCUGCCGCCACCUCCUCCGCCCCCGCCGCCGCUGCCGCUGCCGCUGCCGCCGCCCUUCUCCGAGGAGGAGGACGACCCGGAGCCGGACGGCGAGUUCACAUUCCGCCGCAAGCGCAACUGCUCGUACCUGGCGCCGUCGCUGUCGAGUCGUCUGGAGGCCGGCCGGCCGGAGCCGGGCUCGACGACCAGCCGCCGCCACCGCUACAGCUUGGGCUCGCUGUCGCGGCCCAAGCGGCACUGUCUGGGUCUGGUGCGACACCGGGUCGGCCGCGGCGGACGCGUCAUAAUCGACCGUGCGUUCAACGACGGCGACGACUACUGGCGAUCGUUAGACUUCACUGUGCUGACCGGGCCCGGCCGGACGCCCAGCGACGUGCCGCAUUUCCACCCGGCCGAGAGGCCGUCGCCGUGUCCUUCGCCUGAGCUGGACGUGGAAGACUACAUCCAGAACCUGCCGUCCGGCUAUCGGAUCGAGGGCACGGCGGCGGAAGGCGCGGCGUCGCCCGGCCGGCCGCUGACCGUGCACAUGGUGCCCAGCUCGAGCGUGCGCCUGGUGCCGACGCCCGAGGCGCCGGCCACCGCGCACGCGCCGCCCGCCGAGCCACCUCCGCCCGCCGCCUGCUCGGCGUUUGCGCUGGCGCCGUCGGACACGUUCAGUGAACUAGUGACGAACCUCAUCAGCCCGUACCUGGUGGACAGUGACGGCGUGCUAUUGACUAGUGCCGAGAGCGGACCGGACGUGGGCGCUGACAGUGACGGGGACGCGCCGCACGAGCCGGGCGCCAGCUCGGCGGCUGCGGCGGCGGCGCGACCGGCCGACGGCACGCCCCCGGAACGUAAGUCGCCGGCCGACGGAGGAUCCAAGCUGGGCUGGGAUAAGCGGGCCGUGCUGCAGCUGCUGACGCACCUGAUAAAGCGCAGCCGCUCCAUGCUAUACAGCUAGCGUAGCGCGCCGUGUCGCCU